AUGGCACGGCUCAAGUCCCCAACCAGUUUUUGCAUUUCUCUCUUUCUCACCCUCCCCCCCAACGAAUCAACCCCUAAUCUAUCCCUAACCCUAAACCCCCAAAUCUAUGUCAUGUCAACAGACACAAUUCGGCUGUCUCGAGGGCGCCUGGGCGGGUGGCGCACUAGGCGGGAGUCGGCCACACUCCCAUCCAUGCUUAUUAACUGUGCCAAGCGCUACUCACUACCAUUAAUGAGUGCGCCACAGCAUUCUGAAACUCCUCCUCUCAUUGUGAGCAAGAUGUGA